CCUAACAGCCGGGUGCCAGUUCCUUUGCACCAGAUUGCUCCAGUGUUGCCUCUUUUGAAACCGGUAUCAUCAUGUCGGGAGUGUUCGGACAGGUCGAACCGGCCGUUUUCCAAGCCUAUGCGUUCUGGGCUGCCGUACUCGGGCUAAAGAUGCUGCUCAUGUCGGUGCUGACCGGACUGCAGCGUGGCUCCAAAAAGGUCUUUUCGAAUCCGGAAGAUGUUAAGCCGGGAGGCAAAGUUGCGUAUGACGAUCCGGAUGUGGAGCGUGUUCGACGUGCCCAUCUGAAUGAUAUGGAAAAUAUUUUGCCGUACUUCAUCAUCGGCUUUCUGUACAUGUUCACUAACCCAAGCGUAACCGUCGCCGUCAACCUGUUCCGACUCGUAGCGGCUGUUCGCAUCUGCCACACGGUAUUCCAUGUGUUCGUACCGGUGCCCAAGUUCCGGGGAAUGGCGUGGGCAACCGGGUUCUUCACGACCGCUUUCAUGGGCAUCAUGAUAGUGCUGCACUUUCGGUAGAAUUCCGGAACCACCCUAACUGGAGCAAGAAAAUGGAGUGAAAAUAAAACUGGCCCUCGUGCUUCCGGAGGGACGAACGAGU